UGAUCUCCAGAAAGAGAAACACAGCAAGAUCUACCCGAGACAAGCAAAGGAAGCUGUCGAACGAGCCCGCCUCUCUCUCUCCCUACGGCAAACCAACAGACACCCUCGACCAAACAAACGGAACCACUCAAGCAAACACCAAGAACCAUGAAGGCCGCUGUCUUUGCCAUCGUCCCCAUGCUGCUGCUGGGCGCCUCUGCCUACCGCCCUCCCGUCCACGGGCCCAAGCCGCCCGUUGAAGACGCCUGCUGCUGCUGCGACAUCUCAAUCAACUCAAUCUCCUGCGAUAGGGACAUCCCCGCCAGCGACUGCAUCUGCGCCGCCGUCGUCUGCCCCCCUGGCGCGCCAACCGUCUGGCACGGCGAGCCGCCGGCGCCGCGACCCACCGCACCCACCGAGCAGUUCUACCCGGUGCCCGGCGAACCCACAGCGUAAGGGACUGUUUUUAGCCUGUGAAGUCGAGUGCGGUU